AUGUCGUUCGCCAACCUUUGUGGUGACUCCGUCCUGGCCGACGCCCGUCUGGUGGCCUUGGAUGGCUUUGUCAUUCCCUUCCACAGGAUCAUAUUUCGCAUCGCCCCCCAGGACAGACAGCUUGCAGGCUGUGCAUUUGAGCUGUACAUCAACAGCCAUUACCAAGAUGCUAAGACACCUAUCCCUCUCCUUUUCGACGCUCAGACGGUUUGGAGGGUUCUCUGCUUCAUCUACGAUGGCACCUACCAAGACGAAGACAAGGACUUGACCUUUCCCAAGAUUGAGCCUCUUGACUUCCCUCCUUCGGCCAACGCAUCGAACGACGAGCCUCUCGAGCAUCAGGAGGUUGAACUUAUCAGGAGCCUACACAACCUUCACAUCACCUCACAGUCCUGCAGGUCUGAGGUCUUGGUCAAGGCCUUGAACAGUGUCAAAGUAUUCCGCGUCGCCUUCACAUGGAACCUUGACCGUUUGAUGGUCGAGGCCGCACACAGAUUUGGCCAAUUCAUUUCUGGCGCUUUCAACCAGCCUGAGUUCCCACAGAUCAUCGCUCCUGUUUUCAACUCGGUUAUCGAUCCUCACUGCAUGCUCUACGGCCAUCUCGUUCAGGAAUGCUUCUCUCACUGCCAGGACCUCGUCAACAACGAAAAAUUCAUCACCGCUCUGGAACAUAACGGCAAGCUUGCCGUCCAUCUCUACGAGAAGCUCGCUGCUCUUCAAGCCUCUCUCGGUUACGGCAACAACGCCGAUGUGUCUUACGUUUCUUCGGUUCCUCAGCCUGCUGGCACUGCCUCUGCUGUCGACUCUUCGGCUGUCACUCUGCUCCAGAGCCAGCUUGACGAGGCUCUCGACAUUGCUACUUACAAACAAGAGCAGAUCGAUACUCUCAAGCAGGAGAUUGCUCGUCUCGAGAAGACUUGUGCCGAGGUUACGGCCUCCAAUUCUACCAAGCAGGAACGCAUCAACGCUCUUGAGCUAGAGGCCGCCCGUCUCAAGGAGAGUGCUCCUCAAAAGGCAUCGAUCGGCCUGGAGGCUCAGAUCCAGAAGUUGUUGGCUCAAAAGAACACCAAGGAUGCCGUUAUCGACAAUCUUGAGCACCAACUUGAGGAGAAGGAUCGAAAGAUUGCUGAGCUCGACCGCAAUCUCAGCAACACAAACGGCCUCAAUACUACGCUGUCCAAACAGAUCAACGAACAGCGUGUCGGCAAACCCGACAACAUCAACUUCCUUCUAGAGCGUAACGAGGCUGUUGAGAAUGCUAGAAAGCUGCAAGCCCGUGUCACUGAGUUCGAAGACAAGAUCAAGGAGCUUGAGGGUCAAAUGGCUGCUCACGCCCAACAAUCCAUCGUUUUCGAGACUGCUUCUGCUCCUCAGCCACCCGAGAGCAACGGUAUCCAGCACUCUCGUCCUCUGCAGUCUGCACAACCCCCACAGGCCAUCGAGCCCAGACGUGUCGAAGGCUUUGGUAGCAUGGCCAACUCGGUUAACGCCAUGAACGCCCCCUCUUCCGUUCCGCCCGCUCACCCUCCUUCACCACUGACCACUCCGUCUCUCCCGGCUAUUCCCGCUCUUGCUUCACCGGCUCCUCUUACUGGUGGAGCGCUGACCUUUUACCAAAAGAUGGAGAUGAAGAAACGUCGUGCAGCUGCGGGAAUUUACGGCGGAGAAGCUGAUGUUGAUGCUCCAUCCGGCAUGCCUGUGGCUCCCCGUCGUGAGAGCAUUUUCUCCUUCCCUGGGAACGACAACCGCUCGCCCAGCCCUGCUGCUUCGAUGACUAGCACUCAUUCUCGUGCCAACGGUGGUCCUCCUGGCCCUCAUGCCACUCUCGGUCGCCGCAUUGUUGGUCCCCAUGCUCAGCAGAAUAACGGAAGUGCCCACGGCCCUUCUCCGACAACCGGCGAUGCUGGCCAACCUCGUGCCAACGGCACCACUCAGCAUGUGGCUCCUCGUACUAAUGGCAAUGCUGCCGUUCCCAUCGUUGACCCUGCCAGGGCUGUUCCUGUCGCUCGUGCAGACGCUCCCAUUGCUCCUACUGCUCCUGCCGCUAUGCGUACUGCUUUUGUCGCACCACCUGUUACUGCAACCAAUGGCAAUGGCGCACCUGAUGGCAGAGACGAGAUCAUCAGGAAGCUGCAGAGACAAGUACAAUACUUCCAAGGUCAGUUGAACGACCGUCGUAACGGUCCUGGAAGUACCGCUCAGACCAGACCUGCUCAUGGCUCUUCCAAUGCAGGUAACGACAACCGUCUCAAGAAGGUCUUGGAGGCACUGAAGGAUUACUGUGUCGACCACAGGGCUUGCAACGACUGCGGCAUCAACUUCAACGCUCAGUUCAGAGGCAUUGUCGAGCACAUCGAAGAUGACCGCUUGAUCUUGAAGUGUGGCAAGUGCGACAGCGAGAAGUGUGAUCUCUUUGCUGUUGCUGAGAACCCUCGCCGCCGGUGA